AUUCUCACUUCGAGAAUGUAUCAAUUGAAUUGAAGCUACAACCAACAAAACGCAAUAAUGAAAGUUGUUAUCAUUCUUGUAUUUGCAGUUCUUGCUGCUGCUUCUGCAAUACCAAUAGGACCUGGUGACAUAGCAGUCGAUGAUCAAGGAAAUGUUUUUUACCACAAAUUGAUUCCUUUGGAGAGAGUUAGAAGACAAAGCGGUGACUUCAUCAAAGCUGGAGCAGUUCACUCCUCUAAAUAUGGAGGAGGUGGUCAAAUCGUUGCUAACAAAAAUUUGGCAAGCAGCAAUCAUCACAGCGUGGAUGCACAGGCAAAGUACACUCAGUAUGGAAGUCAUAAGGAAGGAUGGGCUGGUAUCAAUUAUUCUGUGAGCUGGUGAAAUUUCCAAAGAAAAAUCGAAGAAAUGGUUGUUAAAAUUUCUGAAUAAUAUCGACGAAUCAUGAGAUCAUUUUGAAACCAAAUUAAAUCAACCCUCCGAAUUUUUUUGUAGAUUUCGAAAAAAUUGUUUUUAUUAUUUAUAUUGUUGAUUGUAGGUAUAUGCAUGUCUACCAAAAAUUUGAAAUACAUUUUACUUAACUUCGUAUAUGUUCCUGUCUGGAUUUGCAAUUUCUCCGUCCUCAUUUAGAAUUGUAGAUAAAUGUAUAAGUAAAUGUAUUACAAGGCCAUAAUUAAAAAAUACAUCAAUGAA